AACACUAGAUGAAUCUAGACAACACCAGAGCGACACAUGACUGAAGUUUGUGUCCAUCUGAACUAGCAUGUCAGAACAGACCACCGGAUUGAGGAGGUUUCCAAAUAACCGUCUUAAUUAUCGCUAGUGAUGGCUCCAAAUAACUUACAUGUACAAAUUUAAAUUAGUGGGAAAUUGGGUUUUCGAGGCAAAAGUAAGUUGACCUGCUGCUGAGUCAUUAGCUAGCUAGUCAAAGAACAUUUAGCCAAGAUGCUAACAGAGAAGUUCAGUGGAUCUGACUGAAGACAAAACACAUGAAUUCUUGUGUCCUCCACAGCGUCAGUACUCUUUUAUACCCGCAGGUCUAAAGCAGAUGUUUAUUAAUUACGAUGAACAUGUGGGAUUACUUCUUUGCUGGAUCUUUAUGUUAGCAAGCGAACUAGCCUGCCUUCAACAAAUCAAGGCAAAGACAGCACUUUGUUGCACUGCACAUCGGCUUCUGUUGACUACUGCUCAAUGGAAAAAGUGUAAUCAUGUUCAGUUUUGAGGGAGAUUUCAGGAGAACACCCAAGGUAUCCCUUGGGGGUGCUAGCAGAAAAGAGGAAAAAGCAUCACUUCUUCAUCGAACACAAGAAGAAAGAAGGAAAAGAGAAGAUGAGAGGAAAAGGCUGAAAAAUGCAAUCAUUAUUCAGUCAUACAUAAGGGGAUACCAUGACAGGAAACAGCAAUAUGCCAUUCAGAGGGGCCACUUUGACCACUGUGUGUGUCAGUGCCAGUCAGGCUCUGCCCCUCAACUUGCAGACAGCGGCACUCUCAGCCAACUAGUUCGCAAGCUUCUCUUUUUUUACAGACUGAAUGAAGACUCUCACAGAAUGAUCUGGAUGUGUCAGAGUUUGGUAAAGCACCAUGCUCAGUUUGUCAAGAUGCUGGUGGGGCCAGAAAGACAGAGCUGUCUGUUUCAGAUCAAGAGAAUACUGGGACACUGUUGCAGGAUGCUACAAGCAUGUGAAGAUGAUGGUCAGAAUGUAACUGUCCCAAUGCGGAUGCUGGAGGUUUUCUGCACUGAGAGAACCUACUUGCCCUUUCUACAGGAUGCAAACUGUGUCACUGCACUUAUUGAGCAAAUUUUGCACUAUAUGGUUCAGAAAGGAUACUACAGAUCUCUGUAUGUUUUGGUGAAUCACAAGUUGCCAUCAAGUCUGGAGUACAGCGAUGCCCCCUCUAUUCCACUGGCACAUGUGCUGCUAGAACAUACACUCAAACCUCUGCACUUUACAUACAGCUCCUGCCCUCCAGAGGCCAGACAAUUUGUGUUUUCUGCCUUCACUGAGGACUUCAUUUCAGCGCCUUUCACCGAGCAAAUCUAUAAUUUCUUCUUGCCAGCUUUGGCAGACCCAAGACUAGCUUUCCCUUUUCAGAACUUCCUUUGGUCACUCCAGGCCACCAUAGCCUCUUCAGCCCAGAUCCAAGCUCAGGCCCCCUGGCUCUUUUACUUUGUACUAUCAGUUGGAGAAACAGGACUGGGUUCACUCUCAGAGGAAGGGUUGCUGUUGUACUUGAAUGCACUACAAACUCUGUUGCCAUUGUUGCCUGUAACUGAGUGCAACAGUAGAACUGACAUCAAUAGUGAUUCAGAAGAUGAAGAAGAAACAAAUGUACAGCCUCUUGCAGCAAAGGAUGGCAGUUGGAUAUCUGUGCAUUACAUAACAGAGGAAUGUGUGCAGAAGUUGGACACCAAACAGCAGACUAACACUUUGCUAACAUUAGUGUGGAGAGACUCAGCAAGUGAAGACAUCUUCACUAUGAUGGCCUCCAUCUGUCACACUCUGAUGGUGCAGCACCGUAUGAUGGUGCCCAAAGUCAGGCUUUUGUACAGUUUAGCCUUUAAUGCUCGCUUUCUUAGACACCUGUGGCACUUAAUCAUAUCCAUGAAGACAAAAAUGAUCACAGGGUCUAUGGUUCCCUUGUUGCAGGUGAUGUCUCGGGGUUCUCCAAUGUCACCGGAAGACUCGAACAGGAUCAUCCCUCUCUUCUAUCUCUUCAGUUCACUCUUCAGUCAUUCACUCAUCUCUGUGCAUGACAGCGAGUUCUUUGGCUGCUCAGCAGAUGGUCAGAGACAGUCGUCGAUGAUGCCUUUCUCUCUGAUAGAGUUGGUGACUUUAUCUCGAUGUUUGCGGGAUGCAUGUUUGGGCAUCAUUAAGCUGGCGUAUCCUGAGACUAAAACAGAGCACAAAGAGGAGUAUGUAGCAGCGUUCCGCAGUGUUGGAGUGAAAACAAGCAGCCAAGUACAGCAGCGCAUUCAAGCUCAACAGAAACGAUGGGUCCAGCUCUUCAAGGUGAUUACCAACCUUGUGAAAAUGUUGAAAGCACGAGAUAUUCGAAGACCUUUCUGUCCAUCGGGUCAUUGGCUGUCUGAUGAGGUGAACAUCAGGGCUGACAAGGUGACUCAGCUCUAUGUGCCCUCUGCAAGACAUGUCUGGAGAACCAGGAGAAUGGGACGUAUCGGACCGCUUCAGUCCACAUUAGAUGUCGGACCAGAGCCUCCACCACUGUCAGUAUCAGAGGAGAGACACUUGGCUAUUCUCACUGAAUUGCCCUUUGUUGUGCCCUUUGAGGAGAGAGUGAAGAUUUUCCAGAAGUUGAUCUAUACUGAUAAGCGGGAGGUGCAAGGAGAGGGGCCUUUUUUGGAUGGUGUUAAUGUCACCAUUCGACGGAACUACAUCUAUGAAGAUGCAUAUGAUAAAUUAUCCCCUGAGAAUGAGCCUGAUCUAAAGAAGAGAAUCCGGGUUCAUCUGCUUAAUGCUCAUGGGCUGGAUGAAGCUGGCAUUGAUGGUGGAGGAAUAUUCAGAGAGUUUUUGAAUGAGUUGUUGAAAUCAGGCUUUAACCCAAACCAAGGCUUCUUCAAGACAACUAAUGAAGGGCUUCUCUAUCCGAGCCCCACAGCAGAGAUGCUUGUGGGAGAAUCCUUCACCCGUCAUUACUACUUCCUCGGCAGGAUACUGGGAAAGGCGCUGUAUGAAAACAUGCUAGUGGAAUUGCCAUUUGCCAGUUUCUUUCUGUCGAAGCUUUUAGGCACCAGUGCAGAUGUGGACAUCCACCAUCUGGCCUCUCUAGACCCAGAGAUGUAUCGAAACCUGCUUUUCCUCAAGAGCUAUGAAGGUGACGUGGAAGACCUCGGCCUAAACUUCACAGUGGUCAACAAUGACCUCGGGGAGGCUCAGGUGGUUGAGCUCAAACCAGGGGGAAAGGACAUCCCGGUAACUACGGCCAACAGGAUAGCCUACAUCCAUUUAGUGGCCGAUUAUCGUCUGAACAAACAGAUCCGAGCGCACUGCUUGGCCUUUCGGCAGGGCCUGGCCAAUGUGGUCAACCUGGAGUGGCUGCGCAUGUUUGAUCAGCAGGAAAUUCAGGUACUGAUUUCUGGUGCCCUUGUGCCCAUCUGUCUGGAAGACCUGAAGAGAUUCACUAACUACUCAGGUGGUUAUUCAGUGAAUCAUCCUGUGAUAAAAAUGUUUUGGGAGGUGGUGGAGAGCUUCAGUGAUGAAGAGAAACGCAAGCUGCUCAAGUUUGUUACAAGCUGCUCGCGACCUCCGCUCUUUGGCUUUAAGGAGCUGUACCCGGCCUUCUGCAUCCAUAAUGGCGGUACUGACCUAGAGCGUCUCCCUACUGCUAGCACUUGCAUGAACCUUCUCAAGCUGCCUGAGUUCUGUGACCCUCAGCUAUUGAGGAACAAGUUACUUUAUGCUAUCGAAUCAUCUGCUGGCUUUGAGCUUAGCUGAUGAACCAGUCGUGUCCUUGAUGGCUUUGGAAUCCCGACAAGAAGCUGCAGUAUGGCCUUUGUCAUGGUGACCAGAUAGGAAGUGACCAGAAUGGACAGACUGUGUGUCUGCUGUGGUUCUGCAGUGAUUUGCAGAAGGUGUUGGGGCAUAAAAACAAAGGAUAAAAGACAGAAAACCAGAAGGACAGUUUGAAGUUGUGGCAUUGACUAGUAUAUUCUCAGUUUUAUUUUAAUUUCAAAAGAGACUGAACUUGUAAAUAAUGGAACAGCAGUUAUACAUUCAAAGCGGCAUCCAAAACGUAAUGUGGUCAAAAGGACUAACACUGAACGGGAACAUUUGAAUUUUGUAGAUACAGUGGACAACAGAAUAAACAUGACAACGCAAAAUGUACCUGUAGAUUUUCCUUGGUUUUGCAUAGCUGAUAAUAGAAUUCUUGAUAGGGUGUUUUUAAGAGUUUUACAGUGUCUGCUGGUCUUUGUCACAAUUAGUGCAGCACAUAUUAAGUGUCUACCAAUAAAGAUGCAUGCAUUAGCCUCGCUAACUCAAGAACAAGCUAAAGCUUAAGCUUCUUCAGUAUAACAGCAUGCCUGAAAUUUCUUGAAUACGAUACUAAAGAGUUUGCUUGGUUUUAAGGUCACUCCACAUUAGCUAUACCAGAAAAUGCACAUGGCUUUAAACGGGGAUGAAAACAGCUAUUAAUUUUCCUGGCUAAAGAUUAUUUUAUGACUAAUGUGCCUCCAACAAAGGUGUUUAAUAGAUUAGAGUCAUGGCAGUUCGAACCUUGAUGUGCAAGGUUAACAGGUCUAAACGGUAGUAUGUCUCAGAAAGUGGCGUAUAGUCACCUUGUUUUAAUUAAAAUAAUUACUUAAAUUGGUUGUUUCAGGUAGACUUUUUACCCAAAGAAUGGGGUGACAUUACACUUGGAACAAAUACAUAUUUUUUACCACAACACUGUUAUAUAGAUCAUGCCAUUUAAAAUUACACCUGCAACAAACAGGCCUGUAGUUGAGAUUUCAGGCAUCAAUGUUAUGGUUCAUAGUGUUUAAUCAAAAAUAAAUGCGUAAUUAUUUGUUUCACACAUUGGGCCUUAUCAUUAUGCAUUUUGUUAAUUACAUUUGUGCAAUAAAGCAAACAUUGAGAAAUUGAGUACAUGCAAGUUGUUUUUAGGUUAGUGUUUUGAGGGUUUUUAAUGUCUGGGAAUCUGAUAAAUGAAGGAAAGGUGUGACUGAAGCCAAGGCCUGCCUACUGGGCUCUAUUCCAGUAUCUGCUGUAGCACAUAGCAAUUCAAUAGUAUCCUGAAAAAGACCUUAUUCACUCUAGCGCCAUCGUUGAUUUGUAAUGGGAAUGACAACGAGGCUGUGAGGGAUAGACCUAGUCUCUUAAAUGGCACGAACGGUAUAAAGCUCCAAGAUCACAUUUGAUUUUCCACAACUCAUGUUGCCUGGAGUUCUUUGUACACUGAAUGUUCUUGGAAAAAUAUUUGGUCUGCGGAACGAUCCAAAAACACUUUAAACUGCAGUACAGCCCACUGAAGAGUCUGUAAGUCUAUCCCUCACAGCCUUGUUGUCAUUCCCAUUAAAAAGCAAAGAUGGCGCUGCUGUGAAUAAGGUAUAUUGUAUUUUCUGUCAGCAUCCUCGAGUUGCUUUUUGCUGCUACUUACUGAAUGUGUUUAGCAUGGCCGUGAGGACAUGUUGAUUGGUUGGAAAAGAGCUGAUGAUGGAUAUAUCAUUAUGUAUGUCUACUUCUUUUAAUAGGUUGUAUUCCUUCACAGUUCACAAAGUAUUUGUAUAAGCCUUUUCUUUGUCAUUUCUCCGUGUCUGUUAGAGGUCGAACAUCCAUGCUGAAAUUAGAAUGACAUCAUACAAACAGGUGCUGAAUAUCUGAUUGUUUACAAAUAUUGAUGUGUAGUCUUUGUCUUUGUUAGUGAUUAGGACAUGCAAUGCAAAUUUGCUGAUUCUUUGACUGUAUGUGCCCUAAAUGAUUUUUGACAAACAACCCUAGAUACAAAGAAAGGUGUGAACAUGUACCAGAGUUUAUUGCAAUGAUUAAAU